AUGAAAUCUUCAAAUAACAAUCUGCCUAUAGAUAAAGGAUGGGCUUGGGUCAUAGUGAUUGGUGGUUUUUUCAACACGUUCCUUAUGGUUGGUAUAGCUAAAUCAUUUGGUUUAUUAGUAGAAGAAUUUAUUCGAACUUUUGAAGUAUCUACAGCAAUGGCAACUAUGGUCAUUAGUGUUUCUGGUAUUGUUUAUGCAUUUUGUGCUCCUUUGUGUAUUGUAUUGGGAGAACAUUUUACAGCACGGCGUGUAGUUAUGUUGGGUGGAUUAAUAGCUUUGAUUGGUAUUUCUAUAAGCAGUUUAUUAAUCAGUAUGACAUUUGUUAUCUGUUUUAUGGGUGUAGGAUUUGGUAUAGGUAAUUCAGCAGUAUAUGGUAAUAGUUUAGUGAUGGUUGGUCAAUAUUUUAGAAAGAGAAGAACUCUAGCUAACGGAAUUACAGUAGCCGGUGCUAGUAUAGGACAGUUUACUUUACCACCUUUAAUACAGUUUCUAGUAGAUACCUAUUCUUUAAGUGGAACAUUACUAAUACUCAGUGCAAUAUAUUUCAAUGUUACAGUAUGUGGUUCUUUAUUUAGACCCACUUCAUUUUACCUCCAAAAAUCUCAUAAUAUUCAGAAAAGUUCAACAAACAAUGUGCUGGCAGAGGAAGUGCAAAAUGAGGUGUCAGAUCCGCUUAUUUCAAAUUCUCUCAACGCAAUAAAAAAGGAUGUGAAAUUACGUGCUCUAAUGGCCAGUACUGGUAGUAUAAUGUUGGAAGAGGAGAUAGAAAUAGAAGACUCUAAUGACAUUAACCAAGACGAAAAGGAUAAUUCCUCUAGAACUUCAUCUACUAAAUGUUUUUGUCAGAAAAUAUUUGACUUUAGUGUUUUAGUCAGACCAAUAAUUAUGUUCUAUGUAAUUAUAGCAUUUCUAAGUUUUUUUGGUUAUUUUAAUUUUAUUUUAUUUUUACCCCUACAUGUAAUUAGUAAAGGCAUUACAAAAUAUGACAAGGCUUUACUGAUCUCUAUUUGUGGGGUUGGAGAUUUGAUUGGUAGACUAGGUAGUGGUUAUUUUGGUGAUCUUAAUCUAAUAGCCAGAUAUAAGAUCAAAGCAAUUGCAGUUAUAUUUGUUGGAAUAGUUAUAUUGUUAUUUCUAGUAGCAGAUAAUUUUACAUUUUUAGCUGUUCUUUCUGCCCUCUAUGGAUUUUUUGGAGGUGUUUAUAUUAAUUAUAUUGCUAUAGUAUUGAUAGAUUUUGUUGGUUUGAAAAUUUUUCCCAAAGCUCUUGCUCUGGUCUUAUUGCUUCAAGGCAGUGGUGCAGCAGCAGGGCAACCAUUCUUAGGUUGGAUAAGAGAUGUAACUGGAUCGUUUGAAGUUGUUAUAAUUAUAUGUGGUGUAUUACCUAUUAUAGGGGGCAUUUUAUUACUUUGUUACCCAUUAAUUAAGAAAAGGGAUAAACAAACACAUCUUGACAUGACAUAG